AUGAUAUCACCCGCCUUCUACCGGCUCAGAGUGCCCUAUACUUGUCGUGACCAGGAUGAAAACAUGUCGCCAGAUUCGACUGAAAAAGUGCAAACAUCACUGGACCAACCGGCCACAUUUGACAACAGUGACACUUGUUCGGACAAGGAUUUCAACUACUCAGCAAUAGACGGAAAAACUUCAAUCCACCAAUCAUUCGACCUAGUUUGUGAAGACGAAAUCUACCUGAUGUUCCAUGGCGGCGCGUACUUUCUCCGAAUGUGCUUCGGAUCCGUUCUCGGCGGCUACCUCAGCGACAAAAUGGGAAGGAAGAAGUUUUUUCAACUUUCUUGUAUCUUUGGGCUAACUUUGUCAACCUGGAUAGCUUUCAGUGAGUCUUUUAUUGUCCAUUUGAUCUGCUUCUGUGCUGUCAGCGCUUUCGAAAUAGGCUCAUUCAUCUCAAUGUUCGCCCUACUUGUCGAAGCCGGAUCAGCCAACACCCGGUUUGCAGCAUCUUUACUUUGUCGUCUAUCUUUCACAGUUGGCGUUCCCCUAUGCGCGCCUCUGGCACUGAUUUUUGAAAACUGGCGACAUCUAGUUCUGGCAAUCUCGUGUCUCAUCUUUCUCGGGCUGUUUACUUCUCUGUUUACAGACGAAAGCCCGCGUUGGUUAUGGGCCGAAGGAAGAUACGACCUAUCGACUCAAAAACGAAUCUGUUCCACUCGAAACCGAUAA